UUCUGAUCAGGUGGCAGCAGAGAACAUUCAUCUUUUUCUCUGGUGGCAGACGCUGACUGCGCUGCUUUUGUAGAGCAAGCUAAUUGGGGGCCUAAAGCGCCUCACCGACAUUUAUUGCAAUUGACGCUUUAGCUUUAAUUUGUUUGCUUUUCGCCUUCGUUCCGUUCGCUCCAAUUUAUUCGUGCUCGCUAAAACGUGGAUGCAAACUUUCUUUCAGUUAAAGAAAUAUUUUAAAACGUCGUAAGUUUCUGUUUGUUUUUUAAGGAAAACCUAAUUUACUGUAUUUUGUUGUUGGAGUUGUUGCUGCAAAAUGAAAAGAAAAACGAUUGUCUUUUGUUGUUGUCAUUCCCCUUCUUAGAUUAGAAGCGGUUGAAUUUAUGAGUUAACUCGUUUGCCCGUGAAAACAGCGAAAUAGCGGAAAAGCAAUACAGCAGCGUUGGUAAUUGUAGCGCGCACAUUAUCAGCAAAAGCGAGAAAUUUGCAUAUUUCUCUAGCAUUUUUUGGCAGCGUCCAGCAACGCUUUUGAACGCUUCGCGAUUCAUAAACAAAGAACGGCAACAUGUCCGCAGCAGUCGCAACCUCACAAACGACAACAAGAACAAAAACUGUAAACAAUGCACCGUCGCCUACAAGGAAUAACAACAAUAAUAUAGUCAAAACAACAGCAAAAGUUUCAACCUCUAACGUCGAUACGACGAACAAAGCCAGCAAAAGCAACAAUAACAACAAUAACAAUAAAAGCAACACUACUAAUAACACCAGCGGCACCGGUGGUGGCAACGACAAUAACGAAAGUAACAACAGCAAACAGCAACGUCUCAAGUAUAUUGCGAAUGUAGUGCGCGCCCUAGUGACGUCACGUAAGCCGCCGUGCAAGUUGCGCGAAGUAUUACGCGAGUAUCCGGAAAUCGAAGGCGAACCAUUGAAUUUUCGUAAGCACGGCUAUCCAUCGGCCAGGGAUCUGCUAAAGGCGACAGGCGAAUUCAAUUUUAUGCAAUAUGGCGAAGAGACAUACAUAAAUGCCAUACCUAGCCAAAAAUCGGCGCACAUCUCGUCGAUGGUGAAACAGCAGAAGGCGAGCAAAUCGACACGGAUUACAGUGGCACCACAAGUGAGACAACCGAAACGCUCCGAUCAGAGUUGGAAUAAGAGCAGCUACUCAUCAAACGUCUUCCAGCGCUUGCCGGCGACGGGUCAGCAACAGCAGCAGCAGCAGCAGCGUUGGCGUAGUAACGUGAACACUGCCGCAACGGGGGCUGGUGAUCGCAACAAUAACAAUUCGCAGCAGCAAAACAAUAAUAAUCGCAAUAACACAGGGGUUGCCGGACAGCAACAACAACAACAGAAAGAGAAAACGCAACAGCAAAAGCAAACACAGUCGCAACCAAAAACACAGCAACAACCACAACAGCAGGCACCAAAGUCACCUCAGAAGACUCAGCAACAACCACAGAAAUCUCAGCAGCAACAGCAAAAACAACAAACGCAACAGCAGCAGCAGCCUGCUUUGCAGCGUCAGAAGUCAGUCGGCUCGACGAAUAAAUCUAGCGGCGGUAGCGAAAAGAAAGAUCUUCGCGAAAUGUUGAAUGCGAAGUCGGCGCAACAGCAAGCCAAUGGCGGCAUAGCCAACAACGGCAAUCAGGUGCCUGCCUCAACAGAUCUGCGCGAACGCUUGAAUGCUAAGAGGCAACAACAACAACAGCAGCAGCAGCAACCACAACAGCAAAAACAGUCAUCUGCAGCCGAGCAGCAGAAAUCCUUGCCGCGUCCGAUUUUGGGGCAGAACAACAAUUCGGCGAUUGCCAUUGCUUCGACAUUGAUAUUGGCGCAGCGCGAACAAAAGUUGCAGGAGCAGCAUCAACAGCAACGCGCACAGCUGUUGGCGGCGCAACAAUUACGUCAGCAGCAGCAACAGCUAAUACAAAAAAAUUUGCUGCAUCAACAACAAUUACAAAUGCAGGCGCAACAGCAGCUGCAGGCACAACAGCAAUUGCAAGCGCAACAAGAACAACAACAACAAUCGCAGCCGCGGCCAUUGAUGAGCAUUAGCGUUGCGAAGCCUGGUGUGGGCGUUGGUUCAGUGCAGGAUCGCUUGCGCAUAGGUAUUAAUAAUAAUAACAACCACAAUGGAAAUAGUUAUGCGGCGUCGACAAAUGGCAGCAACACGCCAGAAACGUCACCAGCGCUCUCAUCUACCGGCUCUGACAAGCUGCUGACGACCAGUCCAUUUGCUGCUUCGGUGGCAAUGCAGCAGCUGCAGCAACAACAACAACCGCAAUUUCAUAAACAGCGUUACAUCGUCAAACAACAGCAGCAGCAACAACAACAGCAGCAGCAGUUUGGUGAAGCUAACGGCCAGCACGUUAUACCGCCACGCGUUUUCCAAUUCAACCCCAAACUCGAUCCCAUCACAUCAUUGACGCAAUACUGUGUGGUGCGCCGUUAUGCGCCUCCCGAUUUCAGCGCCAUACGUUCGAAGUUCUCACGUCUCUAUCAGUGUCGCGUCAAUGUGAAUGGCACCAUCUUCUCCACAUACCCCAAUGAGUAUCUGCACGAACAUCUGGCAAAAAUUUCAUGUGCCCAAAAGGCCAUUGAACAGUUGAAAUUGCAAGAGGCACGACGUCCAUUGCCGUUGUUUUCAGAAGGCGAUACCGAUCUUAUCGAUAAACUCUACAAUGAAUUGCAACAGCAUCCACAUGGUAUAUUUGCCAAAAAUAUACCGGAGAUGUUCGAAGAAGCCUACCAGCAGGCAUUGCCCGAACAUUGGUGGACACUGGUGCAGACGUCACCCAGAUUCACAACAGAAUCGGCGACUAAUAAUGCUGUGAUUGUGUUUGCUAACGAGGAAGCGGAUAAAGACAAAGGUGGCGCUGCCGGUGCAAUCAUACAAAUGGACGGCAUUGCUUUACCCUGGAAGCAAAAGUAUUGGCAAUUGUACGUCACCUACUGUGCUUCGACGGUGGAUGUUUGGGCGCGUCUCUUCGGCAAAGAGUAUAGCGAGCGUUUCGACGGUGUGAUGGGCGAAAUCGAUGUGCACAUGGCAACGCAAAAGACACGUCCACUCUCGCUCGCUUGCAAAAACAUCUACUUGGUGUGCAUCAACGAGUGCUGGCAUCGUGUUCGCGUCGAGGAGCUGGACAAGCCAAAUGCAACGGCGCGUUGUUUCUUCAUUGAUUACGGCGAUAGCGAUUGGGUAGCUGUCAGUGAGUUGUAUAUUUGUGAGGCACAAUUCUUACGUUUGCCCGCACAAGCAGUGCCACUGUUACUAUUCGGUUUGGAGGAUUUCGCUGGUAAUCCGAAUGCGCGACGUCACUUGGAUGCCAUGUUGUCGAGCAAGUCGGUGGUGGGUGAGAUUUUGACCAAGGAGAGUGAUUUCUACAAUACAGAAUCGAGCGCUUGUGGCAAAAUACAAGUGGUGUUGUAUGACACCUCAACCGAGGAGGAUGUGAAUUUAAAUCCUCUGUUGCUGAGCAAGAUUUGUGAUGACACACCGCCGCCGGAGAUUAAACACAAGGGCGCCACCAAUGUACUGGUGUCGCAUAUCAGCGAUGAGGGUGAUUUAUACUUGCAGAUACUCAACACUGACUUUAAAUAUGUGCAGAAACUAAUUCAACAACUCAUCGAAUCGAAAUUCAAACGCGAUCAGCAUAAAAUCAACGCAACCGAUUUGAAGCGCUCAAAUCUCUUCUUGAUUUGCGAUGACACAAAUAGUGGCGAGACACAGUGGUAUCGUGGCGCGCUCGCGGACGUGCCGAACUAUAGUGCAGACGACGAGGAAUUCGAUAUAGUCUAUGUGGAUCAUGGUGUAACACGACGCACGCACAUUUCCAAAAUGUUCCGCUUGGAAUCAUUGAGUACAGCCUUGAGCAAAUUUCCACGCCAGGCUAUACGUGCGCGUUUGCACAACAUACCGCCCAUUACAAAGAGUAUAGUGGGACGUAUGCGCGCUUUGCUGCCGUCUAAUUGUGCUGCUUUUGUUAAAAUGAAUAAACCAGGCAAGUUACCCUAUGUGACAGUUUACCGUCGCCACGAGAGUUCCGAUAUGUUGUGUAAUAUAAACGAAGAUAUACGCAUGGAAGCCGAAUUGGAGUGUUCUACGGCUUCGAAUGGCGAAGACGACGAUGUGCCAAUCAAUGGCAAACAUUAUGGACUCGCUAAGGACGGCAGCGGUGCCAGCCUGAAUUCCCCAACAACUCAACAAACAUUUGUCGAAAUGACCCGCGGAUUAACCAUAACUUCUUCAGUGCCAAAUUCACCACAUAAAGUAGCUGAGCUGCCAAAAUUGCAAAAUUACUCUGCGAUACCGCAUGACCCCAAUGAUUUUCUAGAAGUACGCGUCACUAUGUCAGCGAAUCCUUCCAAUUUUACGAUUCAACCCUACAAAGACUAUCCACGCCUUCGUGAUCUCAUGAAGGAGCUGCAGGAGUACUGUGAGAAUAAUGAUGAAUUCAUACCGGCUGAUAUGGUGGAGAUAGGACAAGCCUAUGCGGCCAAGAAUCCGGAUGGUUUCUAUCAUCGUGUUGUUGUGGUGAACACGUACAAUGGUGAUAUGAUACACGUUUGUUUCUGUGAUUUCGGUGAUAUUGCAAUAUUGCGUAGCGACCAAUUGAAAAUAUUACCGGCCAAAUAUCGUCAAUUACCAAAAAUGUCGAUACAAGCUAAAUUGCAUGGCAUUAGCGCCACGCACGGUGAUUGGAGUUUGGAAGAUUGUCUACGCUUCCGUCAACUAACAGUCGGACAAAAAUUUGUAGCGUCCAUAAAACUUAUUACAUACGAUAAAUUAGGUUCACCUGACACACCAAUGCUCGAGCUAGAACUGAUUGAUGUGACUACAGAUGAAGAUGUUUAUAUACAUGAAAUAUUGUUGCAGGAGCAGCGUGCGGUCAAAGAUGGCGCUGCUGCGAGUAAUUAAUAAGACGGCAUAGUUGCUAAUAGACAUAGACGCAACACACGCACUCAGACUAAAAGGACUAUUAACUAUUGCGCGUAGAUUUUAAUGUAGGAUAAAGAAGAGAAGAAUUUUCUUAUUUGUCUCUUGAAGCGUGCGUUUUGCGUUUGUGCAGUUUUUUCUGUUUUUUUUUAUUAAUGUUUAAGAAAUUUGUCGCUUAAAUAGUUUCGGCGCAAAAAAAAAGAGGUUUAUAUAAAUUGUAUGCGAACUGCUACGAUAUUCGAUUUUUGAAAAACAUUGUUUAUAAAUUUUUAUUAACGAAAAUGCACCGCUUCAUUUUAGUUUUAAAUGUCAGCAACAAAGAUAUUAAUUAUUGAUUUAAAACACUUUGCUUUUGUUAAGAUUUUGACAUUUUUUUUUAAUGAUUUAUUAAACUUUUGUUAUAUUUAUUAAUUAAUGACGCUAUAUAAUGCAACUCGUCGGCAUUAAUUAAUCUCAUUACUUUUUAUUAAAAAAACAAACACAAAAAAGCAUCGAACUUGAAUUGAAACUCCUCAUAUACCAACUUUCAAUAUUCGUUUGAGCGCGAAAAUCACAUUCCGUGCAUUAAUUCUCAUACACUUCAUAUUUUCGCGUUUCGCGUUUUGUUGGCACUUUUAUUAAGCUUAGUCGUUUAGCUGUUUACUCUUCACAAAUGUUGAUGAAUUCUACUAACGAAAUUAAUGUUUUUAUUUUUUUUUACAAAUGAAAUGAAAUUAAAUUAAUUACCAAACGAAAAGGAAACUCUUCGGCAUAUGCGCGAUUUUUUUAAGCAUACGAAGAUAUCGAAUCUUAUAAUUUUUCUUUUUAAAAUGUUUAACACGAAAUAAUUUAGUAUUUAAAUUAUAAUUUAUGUUGUUUUAUGUAAUACUCGUAUUACUAAAAAUUAAAAUAAUAAAAAGAGAAAAGAUAUGUAAAAAAACGAGAAGUAAAGAUUAUUAAAAAAGGAAAAUUAAAACGUAGUACGUUGAUGAAAGCAGUAGUCGGAGAAGUCGAGUGAGAACAACUGAUAUUAUUUUCGAAAAAGUGACUACGCAGAAAAGUAAUGCAGAUCGAUUUUUAUUUUAUUUUUUGAUGUUGAUGCAACGAAAUUGCAUAGAAAUAAUUUUCUACUACCCGCAAUGGAUAGAUUAUGACAGAAAUGGCGAUCUGCUUACAUUUAAAUCAGAUGAACAGAAAAUUGUAAAAAAAAGUUUUAGAAAAAAAAACGAAAAAUAUAUAUGUAACAUAUAAAAAAAAAAUUAAUAAAGAAAUGGAUUUACCAUUCGAAAUAAAUAUAAAAACCAAAAAUGCCCAAAAUGUAUAAAAAAAAAACAAAUGGAUUUACCAUUGAAAAAUUAAUAAAAAAACCAAAAAUGCCCAAAAUGUAUAAAAAAAAAAUUCAAAUGUAUGCAAAAACAAAUAAUAACCCUAUGUAAAAUAUCCGUAAAUAAAUGGGAAAGAAAACUUUUUUUGAGCAGCGAAGUUGAACAAAAUGUCGAUUUAAUUGAUAAAAAACUUGUGUUCCAGAUGACAAAAUCAAGAAAAAAAAAGAAAAAAGUACUGAAUAAUACUUGAAGCUUUUAAGAUUUACGAAGUUGAACAAAAUGUCGAUUUAACUGAUAAAAAAAACUUUUGUUCCAGAUGACAAAAUCAAGAAAAAAAAACAAAACAAAAAAGUACUGAAUAACACUUGAAGCUUUUAAGAUUUACUAUUGGCCAAGGUGCACUCAUUAAAGGUGGUGGCACUAGACCAACAACAAUGUUUUGUACGUUUGUUUGUCAAAGAAAAGUAUUGGCAAAAUAUUGUAGAAAACAAAGAAUGAUUUCGCCUAUUGCAUUCUAAGCUGACAACCACAUGGACACAGCGAAAGAAAAAAAAAAAAAACAAAUCAGCUGAUUUACCGAUACCACCUUUCAUAGAUUCGCCUUGCUGUUAGCUGGAAAGCUGAGUAAAUGCAAAAGAUAUACAAAUAUUUGUUGAAAAAUCGAAUUAAAAUGUAUGUGAAUGAAUUUUUUUUGUUUUUGAUUCACAAAACUGAAUGCAUAAAUAAAUGUUUUGUUGUUGUUCUUGUAGUAGCAAACACAUUCCCCAUACAUGUACGGGGAGUGCUGUCUGCUGGAGUGACAGUUCUUGGCUGGAUAUAUAGUAAAUCCGUGUCGUUCCGCUAACGUAGAAUCAACUGUCGGGGGAACGCGUUUGUAGAGCUGUGCUACUAAUGUGAACUAUUCAAUAUUUUAGUUAACCGUAAAUUUAAGUUCAAUCAAUUCGAAAUGUAAAUUAAUAAAAACUGAAGUCAUGCAAUUGAAAAAUGUUUUACUCCAAUCGCUGGAGUACUGAAGUGAAUGCAAAGCACUAAAUAUAUUACACUAUUUGUUCUUUAAAUAUUACACUAUUUGUUCUUUAAAUAUUACACUAUUUGUUCUUUAAAUAUUACACUAUUUGUUCUUUAAAUAUUACACUAUUUGUUCUUUAAAUAUUACAUCAUAUGUUGUAUAAAUAUUAGGUUCCAUUUAAAACUGUCACAAAGAUUUGCUGAAAAGUGUAAUGUGCGACAGAAAUCACUUUAGCACCAAAAAUGUAUGAUUUCUACUAAUGCAAAUCUAAGUUUGCUAAAAUAACAGCUUUUAGUCGGCAAAAGUCAUACCGUUAUAUGGCUUGGGACAAAUUUUCAGAAAUGCCCCUUCGAGUUCGCAAAAAGCUGCUCUAGUGGUUUCUGUCUCGCAAUGCACUGCUAUAGUCAAUUUUAUUUAUCAGAUUGUUCAUGAAAUUUUAAAAAAGACAGCAUUUUGUUUCACGCAACAUUUGUAAGAUUGGAAUCUACUACUUUUCAUACAUCAAUACAUUAAAUUUUGCAAAAUCAAGCAGUUCAUUCAGUUUUGUGAAUACAAAUUUUAUUGUAAAAUAAUAAUGUAUUGUUAUUUUUCAUAUAUUAAAUAAAUAAAUAAAUUUAAGAAGUGUAAAAGUGAAAAGCUUGUAAUUUCAUUUAUCGUUCUAACCGUUCUAAGUUGUGGCAUUUUGUUCGACUUCCUUUUGCUCAAUACCCACAAAAUCAUUAAAUAUGCAAAUUACCAACCUACUUUUGCUUAGUAAGUAAGCUUCAAAAUCCAUAUACAUAUAAAAUUACCAAAUUAUUAACAGAAAAAUAACAAAAAACAGAUAAUAUCCAGCUAUACAUAUACAUAUACAUAUGUAAACACAUACACAUAAUGUAUCUAUGUACUCCCAAACACAUACAUAUAUGCAAUAAAAUGAAAAUCAAUGUGUAAUAUGCAAAUUCAGCAAUAGAA